CGUAACUACCACUACAAAAGUUUAACAUCAUUCACUAGUAUAUAAAGCAUGCUAACUUGAUUCUAUCACGAGGUACCUUUUGAUAGAUGACGGUUGGUAUUGUCGAUUAACUCCGCCCCUACACUGGUGACCCGGACAGAGAAUUUAUAUUGGUGACAACGAACUGUGAAUUAUGCCGAACACGAAUGAAAGUGAAACUGGCACUACUGAGUUGGCUCGAGUUGCAGUAAAAUGUCCACAAUUUUGGAAAGAUAAUCCUAUCAUCUGGUUUUCGCAAGUCGAAUCGCAAUUCAUUACGAGUGGAAUAACACAAGACAAUACAAAGUACCAUAUUGUCGUUGCAUCAAUCGAAACUGAAAUCUUGGCGCAAGUAAGUGAUAUAAUUACUUCACCUCCAGUUAAUGAUAUGUAUAAAACAUUAAAAAAUAGACUAAUUGAAGUAUUUAGUGAUUCGGAAGAGAGACGACUUAAAAAACUCCUUCAAGAUAUCGAUUUAGGCGAUAAACGCCCAUCUGCAUUGCUUCGCCAAAUGCAUGAUUUAGCUGGCGAUAGUGUGGAUGACAAAUUUUUGAGAUCGUUAUGGCUGCAAAGACUGCCAACACAGAUGCAAGCUAUACUUAGUACUUCGUCUGACGAAUUAAAUAAACUAGCAAUGAUGGCUGAUAAAAUUGCCGAUGUGUCAAAUUCAAAUGAAAUUCACUCUGCUACGGUAAAAUCGACACUGCAGUCUGAAAACAAAAUUGUUGGUUUANGUCAUCAACAUUCCGUGCCAGAUGCAAUCGUCUUCCCAUCAUAUCAUGACAUGGCAGAACCGCCUUCCAAAAAACUUUGUAUUUUGUCAAAGAAAAAGAUAUUAAGAGAUUCUCAAAGAAGAAGAAGGACUCAAGAAACGUCUGUGGAACGUCAAAGAAGGAUGGGACAUGACCGAAUUUCGACAAGCAAUUCUAGACUCCAAGAAGUAUCAGAGAAACGUCAAAGAAAAUUAGAAGAGGAUCGUGUCUUAACUAGCAGUGCUAGGGCCCGAGAAACACCUGAGGAACGUCAAAGAAGAUUGGAAGAGGAUCGUGUCUCAACUAGCAGUGCUAGGGCCCGAGAAACACCUGAGGAACGUCAAAGAAGAUCGGAAGAGGAUCAUGUCUCUACUAGCAGUGCUAGGUACCAAGAAACAUAG